AUGUCGAGCGCUCCGCCCCCAGCGACGGCCACUCAGAACGUGGUCCUUGAUACAUCUUCUCUCUCCUCAUCUUCCUCAGCGUCAGUAUGGGAUCGCAUUUCGACAUGGGUUUCAGAGAAUAAGGCUGUUGUCUACACCAUCGCCGGUGUUGCGGUGGUAGUGACUAGCGCCGGAGUGGUCUACUACCUCUCGGACUCAAGCACCAAGCCUGCUGCACCGUCUGCGGAGAAGAGGAAGAGCAAGAAGGAGCGACGGAAGGAGAAGAAGAGGGCCGAGGAGGAGAAGAAGGCGGAAAAGGCUGCAUCCGCACAGGAUGAGUCGGCCAAGAAGAAGGCUGGGGAGCCAUCUGAUGAGCUUCCUGAGGUCGAUGAGGCGACCGUCGGGAACCUCGACGAAGAGACCAGGAAGGCAUAUGCCGCCAAGCUUAAAGCCGCCGGAAACAAGGCCUACGGGUCAAAGGAUUACAACAGAGCAAUUGACCUGUAUGGAAAGGCUAUCUUGUGCAAGCCCGAUCCGGUGUUCUACUCCAACCGGGCAGCCUGCUACAAUGCUCUGUCGGAGUGGGAGAAGGUGGUUGAGGACACCAGUGCUGCCAUUGCUAUGGACAGUGGAUACGUCAAGGCCCUCAACCGGAGAGCCAUUGCCUACGAGCACCUAGGCAAGUUCAGCGAAGCCCUCCUUGACUUCACGGCCAGCUGCAUUAUCGACAGCUUCACAAACGACACCAGCCGUCUUUCUCUCGAGCGACUGCUCAAGAAGGUCGCGGAAAAGAAGGGCAAGGAGAUCAUUGAGGCCAAGGGAAAGAAGCUUCCCAAUGCCACCUUUGUCUCGAACUACCUGCAGAGCUUCCGCCCCAAGCCGGUACCGGCCGGUUUGGAGGAGUCUGCAGAACUGAGCGAGGACACUGGCAAGGGCCAGCUCCGUAAGGGUUACUUGGCCCUGGAAAAGAAGACCGGUGACGGCUAUGAGGAGGCUGCCCGGGCCUUCGAGAAGGCCCUCGAGCUAGGUGACCUGGGUGAGUAUGAAGCGGACGCGCUCAACAUGCGCGCUACCUUCACCUACCUGCAAGGAAACGCCCAGGCCGCCCUGGCCGAUCUGAACAAGAGUCUGGAGCUGCAGCCGGCCCUGGUUCAGAGCUAUGUCAAGCGUGCCAGCCUGCACCUUGAGCUCGGAAACAAGGAUGCUGCCCAGGAUGACUUUGAACUGGCCAUUACUCACAACAAGGAUGACCCCGACAUCUACUACCACCGGGCUCAGCUCCACUUUAUCCUCGGAGAGUUCGCCGAAGCCGCCAAGGAUUAUCAGAAGUCGAUUGAUCUGGACCGCAGUUUCAUUUAUUCCCACAUCCAGUUGGGUGUGACACAGUACAAGCUGGGUUCUGUUGCCUCUGCCAUGGCGACAUUCCGUCGAUCCGAGAAGAACUUCGAGGAUAUCCCCGAUGUCUACAACUACUUUGGUGAGCUUCUGCUCGACCAGCAGAAGUUCCCCGAGGCCGUUGAGAAAUUCGACAAGGCCAUGGACAUGGAGAAGAACAGCAAGCCGAUGGGUAUCAAUGUCCUGCCCCUGAUCAACAAGGCUCUUGCCGUGUUCCAGUGGAAGCACGACUUCCAGGAGGCGGAGAACCUGUGCCAGAAGGCCCUCAUCAUUGACCCCGAAUGCGACAUUGCCGUUGGCACCAUGGCCCAGCUGCUUCUGCAGCAGGGUAAGGUCUCGCAGGCGCUCAAGUACUUCGAGAGAGCGGCCGAACUGGCACGUACCGAGGCCGAAGUGGUCAACGCCAUUUCGUACGCGGAGGCUACGCGGACGCAGCUGGAGGUUCAGGAGAAAUACCCCCAGCUGGCAGCCCGUCUGCAGAGCAUGGGAGCCGGUAUCGGUGGCGCCCCUGGCCUGUAA